AUGGAAGCUAUAUCCACGGAUGCUCCGGAAUGUUGCUGAAGUAGACCUGUCGACUUCCAUUUUGGGGCAGAGGGUCAGCAUGCCAAUAUGCGCUGGGGCUACUGCCAUGCAGUGCAUGGCUCAUGAAGAUGGGGAGCUUGCAACCGUGCGAGCCUGCAGGUCCCUGGGAACUGGAAUGAUGCUGAGUUCAUGGUCCACCUCCUCCAUUGAAGAAGUGGCAGAGGCCAGUCCCGAGACACUACGAUGGCUGCAAUUAUACAUCUACAAGGAUCGUGAGGUCACUAAGCAACUAGUGCAACGUGCUGAGCGAAAGGGCUACAAGGCCAUAUUUUUGACGGUGGACACUCCUUACCUGGGGAACCGCUUUGAUGAUGUGCGUAAUAGGUUCAAGCUACCACCUCAACUCAGAGGUGCUAACAUUUUUGCCAAGGAAACUGUCACUACUAUUCUAGACCUAACCGUUGUUGCCUUUUUUCAUACAAUGGCUGUCUUGCUCUUUUCAGGUGAUGAUGCCCGGGAGGCAGUUAAACAUGGCUUGAAUGGGAUCUUGGUGUCGAAUCACGGGGCUCGACAACUUGAUGGGGUGCCAGCCACUAUUGAUGCUCUGCCGGAAAUCGUGGAAGCUGUGGAAGGGAAGGUAGAAGUCUUCCUGGAUGGCGGUGUUCGGAAAGGCACUGAUGUUCUGAAAGCUCUAGCCUUGGGAGCCAAGGCUGUGUUUGUGGGGAGACCGAUCAUCUGGGGCUUGGCUUCCCAGGGAGAGAAAGGUGUUCAAGAUGUCCUCGAGAUACUAAAGGAAGAAUUCCGAUUGGCCUUGGCUCUGAGUGGGUGCCAGAAUGUGAAAGUCAUCGACAAGACAUUGGUGAGGAAAAACGCUUCGGCCGUUUCCAAGAUCUGACAGUGCACAAUAUUUUCCCAUCUGUAUUAUUAUUUUUUUUUUUCGGCAUGUAUUGCUUGACAAAGAGACACUGUGCAGAGAGUGACCACAGUCUGCAAUACCCCACUUCAACACAAAGGGUGUCGUUCUUCUCCAACAAAAUAGCAAUCCCUUUGAGCUCAUUGCUUUUGACUUUUCAAUGGGUGUCCUAGGAACCUUUUAGAAAGAAAUGGACUUGCAUCCUGGAAAUAUAUUAACUGUUAAAAAGAAAACAUUGAAAAUGUGUUUAGACAACGUCAUCCCCUGGCAGGCUAAAGUGCUGAAAAACAAAAGAUAGCCUUUGGUAAAAUGGAAGGUAGCUACCCAUGAGGUAAAAAGAUAAUGAUCUCACUGUUUAUUAACCUGCAUUGUGUUUAGAUAUCCUUAAAGCAGUGUUCCUAAAUUGUAAGCUAGGGUUCAAAAGGUUGGACAUGACUAGAGAAACAGGAGAUUUAGAUUCCCAACGCUGAGGAGUCAGCUCUUGAUAGAAUUGGGACGAGUUGGUGGUAACUGGUGACUUUCUAGAUACUUUUUAACACCCUGACUUAGGCUACUUCUUUGAAUGUAGGUUUCUGUUCCCAUCUUUAGUGUCUGCAUCUAUCUGCAUAUUUUAUGAUACAUAUAUUACUUCUUAAUCAGAAACAAAUAAAGCAUUUUUGAAAAGAAUAUA